GCGGGGUUAAUCAGUUGCAGCGUGCCCGCGGGGUUAAUCAGUUGCAGCGUGCCCGCGAUGACCUAUGGGAGUUUAAGGAAGGCAGUGGAGGUGUGCGAUGCAAAGGCGCUUGACGCCAGCUUGCGCGCUGCACAGUGUGUCGCUGCAAGCUUAGCUGGUGUCAAGCUUAGCUGGUGUCAAGCUUAGCUGGUGUCAAGCUUAGCUGGUGUCAAGCGUUCCCUGUCAGACCUCUGCUGCUUUUCUUACCCUUGCAUGAUGCUUGCCCGCUCUUCACCUGCAACACAUCGCACUGGCCCUACUCUUCCCAUUCACAAUAACCUGGUUGUGAUACGUCUCAAAAUUAGAUGACUAUCCCAUGCUUGCCCCCUUCAGCUGCAGGCUCGCUUCAGCUGCAGGCUCGCAUCAGCUGCAGGCUCGCAUCAGCUGCAGGCUCGCAUCAGCUGCAGGCUCGCAUCAGCUGCAGGCUCGCAUCAGCUGCAGGCUCGCAUCAGCUGCAGGCUCGCAUCAGCUGCAGGCUCGCAUCAGCUGCACGUCGUCUCAUUGUCGCUGCAGCUGAUCACAUGCUUGCCCCUAACUCUCCCCUUCCGUCCUGGUUUCCUCCCGGUUUCCUCCCGGUUUCCUCCCGGUUUCCUCCCUUGUCUUCCCGCCCAUCAGCCAGCGCUGAAGCGUCAAGUCCUAGUACUCAGGGCAAAGGCAACACUGUAGGAACAAUUAAUUGAAACAAUGUCUCUUUUUUUUUUACCGUUUGCCUUCUCGUUUGUCCCAUUCCUCUCCCCUUCCGUCCCUUCCAUCCCCCAUUCUUCCCUUCCCUCUUUUCCCCUCAGCCAGUGCUGAAGCGCCAAGUGGCAGUGCUCCAAGGCAAGGGCAACACUGUAGGGGCCAUUGAAACGCGCCUCUCUUCCCUUCUUCCCUUCUGCCCGCCCUCUCUUCCCGUCCCUCACCCCUCUCCUCUGGUGCGCAUCCCCUACGUCAGCCAGUGUUGAAGCGCCAAGUGGCGGUGCUCAAAGGCAAGGGCAACACCGUGGGGGCCAUUGCUGCUUUGAAGAAGUACCUUGAAACCUACAUGGCGGACUACGAGGCAUGGAAGGAGCUGGGAGACCUCUACGUCAGCCUUCACAUGUUCAAGCAAGCAGCAUUUUGCUAUGAGGAGCUGUUGCUGUCUGCCCCUGUCAACCCCAUCUACCACGUCACUUAUGCGGAGAUCCUCUAUUCUAUAGGCGGGGCAGAGAACUACCGACAGGCCAUGUCGCACUACUCUGCUGCGAUAGAGUACAGUGGAGGCACCAACCUGAGAGCGCUCUAUGGCACCUGCAUGACAUCAGCAGCGUUGCGCAGUGCAGGCAAGCCAUCCCGAGGGGCGGCAGCAGUGGAGAGUGAACCGGAGGGGUUGGUGGAGACAGCAGCAGAGGCGAUAAAGCAGGAGUACCGCUUCAAGCGCCAUGAGCUGCUCAAACCUGUAGUGGAGCCCACUCUAGCGAAGCUUGUAUCAUGAUAUGUCGUAUAAGAUCACGAUCUAUCAAUAUAGAGGGGCAGCAUUGAAAUCGGAGGGGUGAGUAGUUGAGAGUGGUGGAAGCUGUAUGCUUACACUCCAGCAUUUUAUGCGUAAAAUUGUGGAGACUCAAUUUAGCACGCCUAAGGUAUUUUGCCUCAUGCCAUGGGUGAUAUCACCACCAGUAGGCAAAUUCCCAACAUGCUAGGCAUUUCUUCAAAUGAAAGAUGGUUCUGCCAGGGCCUACUUUUG